UAGGAAAAGAAUGCUGUGGAGCAGGUACUCCACCCCUGGAGCGGCCUCUGAGUUCCCACGGAGGGGUGUGACACCAGUUGGCUUCCUUCAGUGCAAGCAUCCUCUGUUCUUGGAUAGGAUGGAAUAGGAGAGGCUGAGCGCAUGACCAUUCAUUUAGUGUCCCUUUGGCUCGCUGCGCUUUCUGCAUGCAAAGCGGCUGUCUGGGGAGAUCCCAACCCUUGCUGCUCGCUCGCUCGGCCGUUCCAGUAAGCUCUUCCAGUACAAGCCUGCCUGGUCAGUUGCCUUUUCUCUUUGAGAUGGAGAAGCUGUGGUCUGCUGAUGGUUUGAACCCUACAACCAAUUUCCUAGAGUGUGAAGGAAUUAUCUGGUAACCCAGAGCACAAGGGAUCUCGAAACGCACCACACUGCUUGACUCGACCAAAAGGGCCAGUGCUGCCUCGUGCAUCGGAACUGUUUCUUCCGACGCCAGGAGCCAAAGUAACCACUUUUGCAUUCCCACCUGCAAGGCAUCAGAGUUGAGAUGAGGAAUUCAGAAGAGCAGGCGGCCACGACAGUUUUACAGCGUUUGCUGCAGGAGCAGCUCCGAUAUGGGAACCCCAACGACAACCACAACCUUCUUGCCUUGCACCAGCAAGCCACGGGCAACGCGCCCCCUUUUGCCAGCAAUGGGAGCCCCGGGGCUCCAGCGGAAGGGCUGAGUCCUCAGGACCAUCAGAUUGGGACCCAUGUGGCCCGCCAGGAGCCCCAGGGCCAGGAGAUACAAAUGGACAGCAGCGUCAUGGAGAAGCAGCUCUCCCCACGGCUACAGAAUAGCGAGGACCUCCCGACGUACGAGGAAGCCAAAGUCCAGUCCCAGUACUUCAGAGGCCAGCAGCAUGCCAGCGUCGGGGCGGCCUUUUACGUGACGGGAGUCUCCAACCAGAAGAUGAGGACGGAGGGGCGCCCUACCGUCCAGCGCGUGAGCCCCGGCAAGGUUCACCAGGACGAGGGGCUGAAGGACCUGAAGCAGGGGCACGUCCGCUCCCUGAGCGAGAGGCUGAUGCAGCUCUCGCUGGCCACGAGCGGCGUGAAGGCCCACGCUCCGGUCACGAGCGCGCCGCUUUCCCCGCUUUCCUCCCAGCAGACCAACGACUUCUUCAAGAACUCUGGGCAGGCCCCUCCGCAGACAAGCAUGAAAGGGAUGGAGCACCGGGGACCCCCUCCAGAAUAUCCUUACAAAAACAUGUCCAGCCCACCCAUGGGCUGCAAGCCGCAGGACCCCGGGCAUUUCUACGGCGAACAUCGCAUGUCCCAGCAGGGCCGCUCUGACGGACCCGUGAUGAGGUAUCAGCACCCUCCCGACUACGGAUCGUUCAGGCAGAACCCCGACAUCCAGCUGCAGCUGCAGCAGCGGCCCCACCACCACCACAGCCCCACGUCGUCGCUCACCUCCCUCGGGUCUCUGACGCUGCUGCAGUCGCUGCCGCCAUCCAGGCUGUCUCCCUCCCAGCAUCAGCCUCCGCUCACUCCCAGCCAGGGAGACCCCUUCUCACUGCCCCGGCCCCAGCCGCUCUUCCUGUCCGGCCAGAUCCACCAGGGAGACCUUUACCGCCUGUGCCAGCCGGUCAUUGGCCAGCAGCAGCACCCGCAGGGGGACUCGUACUCGGCACUGCCCAGGCCUCCGCCGCCGCCGUCUCCUUACCAGCAGAUGCCAGUGGACCCUUUCGUCAUCGUCUCCAGAGCCCAGCAGAUGGUGGAGAUCCUGUCCGAAGAGAACAGGUCUUUGCGGCAGGAGCUGGAUGGCUGCUACGAGAAGGUGGCCAGGCUGCAGAAGCUGGAAACGGAAAUUCAGCAGGUUUCAGAGGCGUAUAAAAACCUCGAGAGGUCUUCCUCAAAGCGGGAAGCCCUGGAAAAGGCUAUGAGAAACAAGCUGGAAGGCGAAAUCCGCAGGCUUCAUGACUUCAACCGGGACCUCAGAGAACGUAUGGACACAGCUAACAAACAGCUGGCAGAGAAAGAAUUUGAAGGCUCCGAGGAUAACAGGAAAACCAUCUCCCAGCUCUUUGCACAAAACAAAGAAACACAGAGGGAGAAGGAGAAACUGGAGAUAGAGUUGGCCGGCCUUCGCUCCACCAAUGAGGAGCAGCGCAGGCACAUCGAGAUUCGCGACCAGGCCUUGAACAACGCGCAGGCCAAGGUGGUGAAACUGGAGGAAGAGCUGAAGAAGAAGCAGGUUUAUGUUGAGAAGGUGGAAAAGAUGCAGCAAGCCUUGCUUCAGCUGCAGGCCGCCUGCGAGAAGCGGGAACAGCUGGAGCACCGACUCCGCACCCGGCUGGAGAGGGAGCUGGAAUCACUCCGGAUGCAGCAGCGCCAGGGGACGUCCCAGCCAGCCAACGUCUCGGAGUGCAACGCCACCGCGCUGAUGGAGCUCUUGCGGGAGAAGGAGGAGAGGAUUCUCGCCCUGGAAGCGGACAUGACGAAGUGGGAGCAGAAAUACCUGGAGGAGAGCGUGAUGCGGCAGUUUGCCUUGGAUGCGGCAGCCACGGUGGCAGCCCAGAGGGACACCACGGUGAUCAGCCACUCCCCCAAUGCCAGCUACGACACCUCCCUGGAGGCUCGCAUCCAGAAGGAAGAGGAGGAGAUCCUGAUGGCGAACAGGCGGUGCCUCGACAUGGAGGGCAGGAUCAAGACCCUCCACGCUCAGAUCAUCGAGAAGGACGCCAUGAUUAAAGUUCUCCAGCAGCGAUCCCGGAAGGAGGCUAGCAAGACGGACCAGCUGUCUUCCAUGAGACCGGCCAAGUCCCUCAUGUCGAUCUCCAACGCGGGCUCGGGCCUGCUCCCCCACUCGGCCACCCUGAGCAGCACCCCCAUCCUGGAGGAGAAGAGAGACGACAAGAGCUGGAAGGGCAGCUUAGGUGUCCUUCUGGGCGCAGAGGGCCGCUCCGAGUCCAUCCCUUCGACCCCCUCGCCAGUCCUCCCCUCCACUCCCCUGCUGUCAUCGCACUCCAAGACAGGAAGCCGGGACUGCAGCACACAGACGGACCGGGGAGGCGAGCAGAACAAGGGGCCCGCCUCCUCCGCUACGCCUCCCGUGCAGGCGAGGCUCCCUGCCAUGAACCUGGCCCACGGCACGGACAGAGCAGAUGGCCCAGUUUUCCAUUCCAGCACUCUAGAAAGAAAAAACCCAGCUCAAAACUUGGGGCAGGACCUCAAUGAUGGUGAAAUGGUGGAGUAUCUCAUCUGAAGAAAUGGAAAGCUCGAGUCGAAUAACAAGAAUCCCCCCCAAACUUUUUUUAAAAUAGCGAUUUAUAGUAACUGAAGCAUAAAGGAAUCUACAGCUUUUGGCUGUUUGUAUAUACUUUCCUCUCAAAGGUAUGGACAAGUUAACUUAUAAUUUGUUCCAGAAUCAUGGAAGGAACAGUCCAAGGCCCUCUGGACAGUGUCUGAUGGGCCAUAGGACACGGCGGGUUUCCAGCUCUCCGGUGGGAGAUGGCGCUCCAGCCUUGGAGCUGGGAAUCCUUGCUCCAGCCGCCAACCCCGUGCAGCUGGAGGCGAAGGGGUGCACCAGCGGCUCCCAGUGUCAGGAAUGCAGCCUCGAAAGGGGUAGAAGGAGGCGUUUCGAUGAGGAGAGGAAGGAUGAGACAGGAGGGGCCGGGAUAACACGGGCUAUCCUGAAGCCUCUCUCCCUUCCUUCCCCUUCUGCAGUGCAUUCCUGUGCCAGGCAGAAGAGCCCCUCUGGCAAAAAAGCGGGGAGGCAAAGACCGCUUCCGCUUUGGGGGUGUCCCCUCCCCCAGCAUAGGAUGCUGGGUAGCCUCCAAACCCAAAACCCUAAAGUAGUUUUCUAAGAUUCUUUCCCCCACCUUUUUAAAAAAAAUACUGGAUCUGGUAGCAUCUGGAUAAAAUUAAACCUUGUCUUAAAUGCACUACAUUUUUAAAAUGUCAGUAUUUUUAAAACCUUGUAUUUAAGAAAAGACGGAUCCUUGUUUGGGUGUCUGAUGCCCAUGAUGCCUUCACAAAGCCUGUGAGCUCCAGGUGUCACAGUUCCCAGACACCGUCAUGGUGCUGUCACUGCCGGGUGUCUCUUGGGAUGCUGAAUGUUCAGGUAUUCCAGGCCAUCUUUGUAUGAACCUCCAAGUGACGGAAGGAAACGCAUAGUCUUUACUUCCUCGUGCGAGUGUCCAUUUUCACAAAACAUUCCAAGACUGGGGGGAAAAAGUUGAUUUCCACAGCGUGCCUCCACUCAGAAAUCUGUAUUUCUUUGUCUCCUCGUUUGCAUCAUUUUGUCCUCCUGUUUGAUGUCCUGAGAUGAAAGGGGCCUUUGCCACAUGCCAGAGGGCUCUGUGGCCUUGCAGUUGGAUCGUGAAGAAUGUCCUCCGUUCAGGGUUUCUGCAAACAAGCCAUUUUACUUGCUGCUCCGUUCCGUUCCCUUCCCACCACGCCGCCGAGCUGGUGCGGCUGCAGUCACUCGUGCUCUGUAGGGCAGCAAGACAUCGGCUGAAGGAAGAAAGGCGGCCUUGGAAUGCUUGACUAAGCAAUGUCUGAUCCUUCAGGGGCUGGAGUUUUUUCUACAUGGUAUUUUCCUCUUUUUCCAAACACUUUGUUUGACUAUAGUUUCCUCAUUCCAGAAGGCAGGAGCUUUUUUCACUGAACGAUUUUAUAUUAUGAUGUAAAAAUUUAGUGCCUUACUCAAUAGCUAUACUGGGGCCAAUUUUUUAUGAAAUAAAGAAAUGCUGUCCAUUGAAAACCUUAGAUUUCCCCAAAAUGCUCCUUUCUGUGCACAAAUUUAUAAAGAAUAUUCGAUUCACACUUCAGGAAUGCAGCUAACCUUAGUCUCCCCACCCCCUCCUGGCUUAGCCUGUAACUUUCAUUUUCCUGUUUCUUGCAAGUUGCCAUAAAUCUGGCAGCACUGAGAUAACCAACACGGCAAGAAUUAACUCCUAUCUUGUUGUGGAGAAAUGCUGUCGAGACCACGGAGGUCACACAAAGAUUUUAACCACAACGGAACAGGCAGAUGUGCGCAGAGCGGUUCUCAACACAAGCACAGAAACUUUUCAGAAUGAAGGCGGUAUUUGUAUCUCAUGUCUCUAACAACGGCUUGAGCAGAUCAGUUCCUUCUUGCGAAGCAAUAGGCCAGCCAGGCAUUGUGGACUGCAGGAAGCAAAUGGGAGGAGAGCCCCCACCAGCCCCCUGGGUGCCUCCUCGAGCAACGAGGUAUGUGGGGCCCAAUGGUCAUGUGCGCUCAGUUGAAGGUGAGCAGAGCGGCCACUUGUUGGGAAACAGCGUUGGGGCUCCCCUUCCAUCCCAUGGAUCCCGCCCCCACAUUCUGCAGCUCAGAACGCCUCCCUCCCAACCUGUUGCCCAUGGAUGUUUUUAUGCAGCCCGGGCCAGGCUGGGGCUGAUAGGAGUCCAAGUACCAAACAUCUGAAGAGCACCUGCUUGGCCAACACUGUGCUAGAACGCAUGCACAACUCAGAAACCAGCCAGAUUUUGCUCCUCAAGAGCCAGAGAGGGGAUUUUGGAACAAGCUUACUGUGAAUUAUCUUCACACUUCCAAGGUCGUGUCCUUCAGGGACUUGUCUUUUCAGCAGAGCUGAUGCUUUUUGUCCAUGCGCCUCCCCUGCGUCGGGUUUUGCGCUUUUGCGAAGCGACCCUGGCGAGGGGCGCACGCGAGUGUCGAGCCCAUCGCAUCCGAAGCUGCCGUCAGCAUCAUACAAAAAGAUCUCAACCACUGUGAACACGAAGAAUUCGUUGUGUCCUGCAGUGCCUUCUAAGCUUCUGGAUCUCUUUAGUCGAAAUAAUCAAGUAACUGCAACGCAUGAAUGUGAGGGCAUAUGUACCCCCAAAGUGUGCUGCAGGUUCCUCGAAACUGCAAUGCCGGAUUGGAGUGGGGGAGAGGCCCCAGUGAAGAAAUACCAGCGUAGCUUCUGAGAUAUACAUGAUUCAUGGAAUCUUCUCUCCCCUGGGGAUGAGCCGAAGUAUAAGCUGAAGCUCCUUUUGAAAAAAAAUCAAACUGCACACCUUCUUCCAUAAACCUUCACUGUACUGGAAAGGAAACAAGACAAUAUAAAAUUGUCAUAAUCUUUGAGUUUGUGCUCAAACCAGACUAAGAGUUUUUACACAAACUCGGGUAAUAGAAGCAAUGCUGUAGAUGCUGCAAAGGAUACUAUAGAGUUCUUUUCCAGCAGCGAAUCCGGCCUUCCUCUUCGGGAACGGCCCCACGUGAGCGGCCGGUUCAGGAAACUUUGUAGGGGGAGAUGCCGACAUUUUGUUUGCAUCCUCUUGGAACUGGGUAGGUUGCCUCACUCCGCUUGGUGCCUCAUGUAUUUCUUCUUUUGUCCUUGUAUAGGAACGUGUGUGUUUUUAUGUCUAGAAUGUAAGCCUCAUGAUAAUUGUAACUGUACUGUAUUUAUGAAAAAAAUACAUCUCUUUCAGAAAAAGCU